GUUAAAUUCCACUCGUUACACGACUCGUAGAGACGCUUUCCCUGCAGACAUUUGAUCGGUCCACACACAACAAUGUCAACUAAAAAUGAAAAAAUUGGGAUUAUUGGAAGCGGAUUAAUCGGACGUAGCUGGGCGAUGCUCUUCGCCGGCGUAGGAUAUCAGGUGACUAUUUAUGAUAUUGUUCAAGAUCAAAUUAAGAAUGCAUUGGAGGAUAUCUGUCAGCAAUUAAAACGUCUCGAAACCAGCGGCCUUCUCCGUGGUACAUUGACAGCGGAUCAGCAAUUUAAAUUGAUAAAGGGAUCAUCGGAUUUGGCGGAGACUGUGAAGGGAGCAAAACUGAUCCAAGAAUGCGUGCCAGAAAAUCUCUCCUUGAAGACGCAAGUUUACAACGAUCUUGAUAAAAUCGUAGAUAACAAGGUGAUUCUAUCAUCUUCGACGUCCACGUUUCGCCCGUCUCUUUUCAGCGAAAAGCUAAAACACCGUGAACAAAUUAUCGUCUCCCACCCUGUAAAUCCUCCUUAUUAUGUGCCACUCGUUGAAGUUGUGCCAGCCCCAUGGACGCGUUCUGAUAUUCCUGAGAAGACAAAGGCUAUCAUGACAGAAAUCGGUCAAAAACCAGUUGUUUUGAACAAAGAGAUUGAUGGUUUUGCGCUCAACAGAAUACAAUAUGCACUCUUAAAUGAAGCCUGGAGAUUAGUGGCUGAUGGAAUAUUAAGUGUAAAAGACAUUGAUGCAGUGAUGAGCGAAGGUCUCGGAAUGCGUUACGCUUUCAUUGGUAUGUUCGAGGCCGCGCAUUUGAAUGCCGAAGGAAUGAAGAAAUAUUGUGAAACAUAUAACAAAUCGAUUUACGAUACGAGCAUGACUUUCGGACCGACCCCCAGAUUCGUCGGUGAGAUGGCGGAGAAGAUCAGCAACGAAUUGAACGAGAUGUGUCCGCUCGACAAAUUGCAGAAGCGACGAGCAUGGCGAGACACCGCUUUGACGAAGUUGUCUAUACUCAAGAAAGAGUUGGAGCAGACGAAACAAUAAAAAUUUAUGUAUUGUACAUAUCCAAUUGAUGUGCUAAUACUGAAAUUAUUCAUAAAACAGCAUCUAAUUACAUACAGACAGGGUUGGACACGUUACUUCAUAAAAAUAAUACGUUAUCAUUACUUAGGAAAGUAAUGAUUCGUUACUUUUUCGUA